AUGGCAAACAUUUUUGACACUAUUAUAGAAGGACUCCUUUGCCCGGAUAAUAAUCGUAUAAAAGAUGCUACAGUUCAGUUAUAUGAGGCCUUCAAGCAACCGGACGUUCUAUGGAAUCUGUGCAAAGUCCUGACAUCCACUCGUGCUGUGGAGGUGCGUCAAAUGACAGCUGUUCUACUGGAUAAGCGUCUAUCGGAUGCUGGGGUCUGGAACGGGUUAUCCUUUGAUCAGCAGAUGGGCGUCAAGAAAUAUUUAUUGGAGGCUUUGGUAGCCAAAAAGGUGCGAGCAGUGAAGAGUGCCAUCGGCCGAGUUGUUGGCACAGUGAGUCGAUAUCAUAACGAGAAAAAGGAUCAAUGGAUUUCCGACGUUCUGAAGUAUACUUUCGAACGAUGUGUUCUGGAUCCUAAUGAGAGCGAACCGGAUUCUUAUACUUUUUCUGCCGUAGCCGAAUCGGCUACAACACACUUAGCGGAUGAGAUGCCCACUGUAUGCAAGAUGUUUGAGACCAUCAUGGUUAAUUCCGAUGCCCAGAACACUUCAGCCUCACGCACUGUGGCCAAUAUGUUUAACGGAAUGGGAUAUCUGAUUCCAUUUCUAGGGGAAUACCCAGCAGAGUAUGUUCCGAGGGCAUUUCACGAUACCGAAGCCGUGGCGAAAUUACUUCUGGAUGCGUCGGCGUGUGAGCAAAUCGAGAAGACAAUUCGACUUCAACUUAAUGGAGCCGGCUAUCCAAAGUACGAACAAUCUUACUCGUCGGCCAGCCUAUUAUGCAUGAGCACUAUCUCUGAGGGUUGCAUGGAGAUCAUAUGCAAGCAAUACUUGGAAGUAAUGUUGAAUGUCAUCAAAACGGGCACACAGGAUCCCGAUUUGAGUGUGCGCGGUGCUGCUUUCUUUGCCCUGGGUCAGUUCUCGGAGAAUUUUCAGCCUGAUAUCAACAAAUAUUCUCCAGAAAUAUUGUCAAUGUUUUUGGAAUAUCUUCGCCAGUUGAUAGGGGAUAAGAAACGAGGAACGGUACCAAUAACCAAACAUGUGGAUCUAUUGUUUUAUGCCUUGGAAAAGUGUUGCGAAUCAAUGGACGAGAUGAUUGACCAUCACUUACCCGGGGUAAUGGAUUGCCUCUUUAAAGCCUUGAAUUCACCACACACGCUUACAUUGAGGUCCUAUUGCUUGUCGGCUCUUGCUCUUGCGGAGAUAAAAAAGACGUUGAUGGCGACGAUUUGA